GCACAGAUUCCUCAGACUGCUGCAGAAUAGGCCGAUCAGCUGUGAGGCAACAACAAUGUGCACCCUUCUCCUUUAUGCGGUGGUCUUUGCUGGAGCUGCCUACAUCUUCCGCCAGAUUUUUGUGAAGGGAAAACGAUGCAAAAGCCAACUAAACCUCACUGGGAAAACAGUGAUCGUGACAGGCAGUAAUACCGGCAUCGGUAAAACCACAGCCAUAGAUCUGGCCAAAAGAGGAGCCAGGGUGAUUCUAGCAUGUCGCAAUGAGCAGAGAGGACUGUCGGCUCUGGAGGAAGUCAAGAAGGCGACCGGAAGCAGCCAGGUGGUGUUCAUGCAGCUGAACCUGGGGAGUAUGAAGUCUGUCCGCAGCUUUGCUGAAACAUUCCUGAAAAAUGAAUCCAGACUGGACAUCCUCAUCAACAACGCAGGUGUUUACAUGCAGGGUCGCACGUCGGAUGGACUGGGGCUGAUGUUCGGUGUCAAUCACAUCGGCCACUUCCUGCUCACCCACCUCCUGCUGGACCGGCUCAAACAGUGCGGGCCCAGCAGGAUCGUCAACGUGUCGUCCCUGGGACAUAACUUUGGAAACAUUGAUUUUGACUGUCUCACCACCCACAAUGCCCUGGGGCUGGGGACUUCAUUCAAAGAGGUCUUUCAGUACUACUGUGACAGCAAGCUGUGCAAUGUGCUCUUCACUCAUGAGCUGGCCAAGAAGCUGCAGGGAACCCAGGUCACCUGCUACUCCCUCCAUCCAGGAGCUAUCAACACUGAGCUUGCGAGGAACACCAGCUCUCUGCUGCAGCUGGCCCUCACUCCUCUGACUGUCUUCUUCUUCAAGAACCCCGUCCAGGGAAGCCAGACCACGCUGCACUGCGCACUCCAGCAGGGAAUCGAAUACCUCAGCGGCCGUUACUUCUCCAACUGCACCGUGAGAGAUGUCUACCCCAAAGCAAAGGAUGACGUUGCUGCCAAGAGGCUGUGGGAACUCAGCGAGAAGCUGACCGGCCUGGCCUGAGGUGACCACGCCCAAUUGGGACUGAAGCGUCUCCUACCCAGCAGUCCUCUGGACUGAUAGUGUUUGAGGUCUCAUAUUAGCUGGCAGCUCAUAAAGUUGUAAAUCAAGUCACGUUAAUAACUCAACCGGCACACCUAAUCUCUUUAUCGGGCCAACAGAAUAGCCCGUUUGAUGAGAAGGACCAGCAGUCUGCAAGAAUGAGUCUCUCUACUGCACUGUUCACUCAACAUCACUCCACAGUCAGCAAUGUUUGCUCACAUUAAAUUGCUGGUUUUUCUUUGUAAACGGGCCAAGAAACUACUGUCUUGUAUUUGGAACUAUUGAAAUAAAGCUGACUUGAAUUUAACAUUUUCCA